AUGCCGACCGUCUUGAAGCGAGCGUUUCCAGCUGUCCUCGAUCAGGAGGAGAAGGGCUAUCCGCCAAUCCUCUCUCAAUCUCCUGAAGGGCAGGAGAUGGGGAAUAGUGGGCAUGAAGCGUUGCGGAUCCCCUUGCAGUCCCACUCCCUAAUACCAGCCAACGACAAGCUUCUCAUCUUUCGUGCUCUGACCGGCAUCGAUGGUGUUCCCGCUCUUAUAACACAUGGAUUUUUCCACCGCCGUUCUGCACCUAACAUGGGGAUAUAUGCCCGGGUCCUACGAUACGAGCAGAGAUCAAGUUUCCGUUACCGAGUCUUCAGCAUCCUCAUAAAUACCUGUUUAGCCAUCCAAAUCAUCGUUGCUUCCGCUUUGACGGCUAUUGGUGCCGCGAGUGCAUCUCACAAACUUGUCACUGCAUUUGGUGCCAUAAAUACCAUCAUGGCGGCAAUUUUAACCUAUCUCAAGGCGUCCGGUGUCGCUGAUCGAGAAAAAGACUUGGAACACGUGUGGCGUGAUAUUCGAGAACAUAUGGAACAGCGUGAGCGAGAGUUCUGCCUGCAAGACUGCCAGUUAGAUGUGGAAGAGGAGGUUGCUGCCGUGGAACGAAUGUACAGAGAGGCUAGGGCGAGAAUGGGCAACAGUGUUUCAGAGGGCUAUCACCAGGGCGGUGGCGAACAUGGGUUCAAUAAGCCAGGCCUUCUGUCGAAAGUUUCCGUGUCUUUGAAAACGCCUACUCGUGCCCACAUACAGGACGAAAACAUCAACAGCAGGCCAGCUCCGUUGCAAGAUAUUAUGGAGACAUAA